AUGUCGUCCUUCGCUGCUCUCAUGGCCCUCAGUGCCACUCAGACCCGCCAGGCUGAAGAAGCUGUCCAGUCCGCGCUCGACGAGCGCCGGCGUAAGGAGGCCCAGAGACGCAAAGAGCAGGAAGAACGAGAACGCAAGGAACGGGAGCUGGAGGCGAAGCUGCGCAUGAAGCGUUUCGAGGACGAGAAGAGAGAGCAAGAGCGGCAGCAGCGACUGCAGCAGGAACUCGCCGCCAAAGAGCGCAAGUUCCAGCAGCGAGAGGAGCAGGAACGCGAUCGUCUGCGAUAUGGGCCCAAGAAGGCGCCCGCCCGCACCGACAAGAGCGGCUACCCCGUGUCCAAUGCUGCUCUCCGCCACUCGCGUACCUCGGACGACGAGUCGUCGAGUGCCCUCACCCGUGAGGAAAAGCGCAAGCGCCGUCAGGAAGCCGAGCUGCGCUACGGCGUGAACGCAUCGCGCCGUGUCGGCCAUUCGUCGAGCUAUGGGAAGGCGGGCAGGCGGCUACCAGGAGGAGCAAUGGACAUCACAACGACGAAUACGACGUUAUCGGACCCGGGCAGCUCGCUGUCUGUGCGCCAGCGCCUCGCUGCGGAGCCAGCAAUGCUCAUCAGGCUGAACGUCAACAAGCGUGACACGCGUACCAUUGACGAGAUCAUGCAAGACCGUGCAAAGGCAAAGACCGGUGCGGUGUUGCAGGGCGACCAGGCCAAAGAAUUCAAUGACUGGUUCGGCAAGAACAAGCAGAAGGACGUAGCCAGGAUUACUUCGUCGCAGACGGGCUCUGCUUCGACUUCACGGGCAAAUACGCCUGCUACUGGUAGCCAGCCCCCUCCAAAGGUGGCGAGCGGCUCAGCGUCUCCUGCUACUCGCCCAUCGAGUCAACUUAAAUCCAUCGCAACACCUGCUAAGCCUUCGGCCAGCCAACGUGCAGUUAUACCCAAAGCUACUCCCUCCAAACUUGCACCUAAUAGCUCCGUGAAGCCACAAGGAUCGUUGAACAAGGCAUCUGCCGUCUCCUCUAAGCUUGCCGCUUCUGCAACUCGACCGGCCAUAAAGAAGAGGCCACGAUCGCCUUCUCGCUCACCUUCACCUCCACCGAGGAAGCGCGCUAUGUCCUCAGGUCCAUCGCAUAAUGAUAUCAGCCAGGAGAUCUGGAAAUUGUUCGGUAAAGACCGCUCGCGAUACGUUGCUGCGGAUGUCAUGAGCGACGACGAGGACAUGGAGGCUGGUGCACGCGACCUAGAGAAGGAGGAGCUAAGAAGCUCGCGCAUUGCCCGCAAAGAGGAGGAACUUGCACUUGAGGAAGAGCGCCGCCAUGAGGAAGAGAAGCGGAGGAAGAGAAAGGAGAGAGACCGGGAUACCCGUAAGGGUCUGUGA